CGGUGUGACGUCAGCAGUCCUCCGGUCCCACAGCGGCGCGCGGUGCUCGGUGUCUGUCCGCCUCGCGCAGCCCGCUGAGCCCGGUCACGCACCGCCACGCACGUCGCGCGCCGAUCCGCGUUUUUUGCCGCCGUAUCGAUCCUCCUUUCAAAAGACACUUCCGCCUCGUCCGGAGCGUUUUGUUUAUUUAGAUUUGAUUGGGCCUCAGGAUGGAGAUGUCCCGACAUCCCGUCCCGCGCCUCGCGCCCUCUGGGCUCGUGCCCGCGGCGGCCACGCACGGAGUCCUGAAGUCUCUGCUGGAGAACCCGAUGAAGCUGCCGCUUCAUCAUGAAGCCUUCAGCAAGGAGCAGGAGAAGGAGAAGAACCUGGAGGAGGAGCGCAGCGCCCACCAGUCGGCCUUCCUGGGCCCGACGCUAUGGGACAAGACGCUGCCCUACGACGGGGACUCCUUUCAGCUGGAGUACAUGGACCUGGAGGAGUUCCUGUCCGAGAACGGCAUCUCCUCCGGCGCCUCGCAGCAGCACCUCCCCCUGAGGCCGCCGGGCACCUCACAAGUCGCGCCCACGCCUCCGGUGAUGGACCUCAGCAACCACGCCUCCACCUCCGUGGUCUCUGUCAACUGUCUCCAGGGCGGCCGGGCGAGAGCCGGCCUGCCGGGCUUCAGAAGGCCACCCAGCCCUGUGGACCCGGACUCGGUCCAGGUCCUGGUGGGGUUCGAGCCCGACCCGGCCGACCUGGCCCUGUCCAGCGUUCCCGGUCAGGAGAUGUUUGACCCGCGCAAACACAAGUUCUCCGCAGAGGAGCUGAAGCCGCAGCCGAUGAUCAAGAAGGCCCGAAAGGUCUUCAUCCCUGAGGGCCUGAAGCAGGACGACAAAUACUGGGCCAGGCGCAGGAAGAACAACGUGGCGGCCAAGAGGUCCCGGGACGCCCGACGGCUCAAAGAGAACCAGAUCGCCAUCCGGGCCGCCUUCCUGGAGAAGGAGAACUCGGCGCUGAGGCAGGAGGCGGCCGAGCUGAGAAGAGAGCUGGGACGCACCAGGAGCGUCCUGUCGAAGUACGAGGGUCAGCACGGGGCGCUUUGAGGACACAACAACAACAACAACAACAACAGCAGCAGCUCCCCGGUCCACCAGCGACCUUCUGCUCCCCCCUCGGAGAUCUUCAGGCUUUAAACACAAACAAACAGACAACCUCACGACCUUGCUGGGACUACUUUCAGCGGCGGAUUGAUUCACAAGAACCGCCCCACGUCGCUCGGUGCACGUCCAGCUGUGACUCCUCCCACCGCCUGUCUCUGGCCCCGCCCCCAGCAGACCAUGUAAAGGCACUUUAGAACCACUGCAGCCUCCCUCUGCCAAUGCCCCCCUUCUCUCUAGACUCCGCCCCUUAGCUGCAGGUGUUAUUCCCACAAUGCACCUGUGCCCCAGAUUGCAUUACUCAUUGAGCUUUGUUUGAGAAAAGACCCUUUUGGUACAUGAAAAGAAUGUAAAAUAAUGUAUUUGUGACUUUUGUGCAGAAGAUCCAACUUUUGUAAAACAGAAAAAUCAAAAAUGUCUUUAAAUUCAAACACUUUGUGACUUAUAGCUAAUAACUAUUAUAAUUACAAUGUAUAAAUACCUUUUCUAUCAUACUGAACACAUGAAGACCAAUAGAAUGAGUUUUUCUUAACAAAUCAAUAACCGUAUGCAUAGUUUUUUGUAUUUUACUGUAAACAGUGUUUGUUCUCACCAAAGAGCUGAGGAGCCACAGGUGCAUUCUGGGAAGGCCGUCAGCGGCGUUUAUUUAAAGGCUUUUAGUCUUAAACAAUGAAUGUAGAUCACAAUCAUAUUUUAUAGACAUGAAUCAAUAAAGUUAUUGUUUUAUUGCCAACCGUCUUUUAAUCAUCAAUCAAAUGGUCACCUCUAAGACGUCAAAAUGCUGUUUGUGUUUUGAACUCAAUCCUCUUGGAGGCGGAACUUGAACCAACGACUCUUCCCGCUGUCCUCUUUGCUCUCGACUCUCCAUCGAUUGACGUGUUUCAGGGGUCAACGACCACCGGAAGGAAGUGCAGCUGCAUUAAAACAUUUCAUGCAUAAAUCUCAAUAAUCGUCUUUACCUUCACAAAACAACUAUUUCCUCAAGCUGAUUUUAAAAUGUUUGUUUUACGCCCUGAAACGACAUGAAGGAGACAUUUCUGAAUGAAAGAGAUUAUCUCUACAUAUAUAUUGAAGGUUUUACUGUUUACACAGAGAUGCUGUGUUUUUUUAGUCUAUUUUCCUAAACAGAUACUUCCUCUGUAUUUCCGAUGGGUUAAAGUUAGAUACUAAAAAUGAAUAUAUUUGGAAAUGGGCAUUACUCCCCCCACCUCCAAGCUGGUGUUUCACCGAGGAAACACUUUUUUACUUCUCCUUGUUUUGGUCAAAGAUAUUUUUUGUCUUAUUUCUUUCCCUGAUGAUUUUUUCAUGACGAAAAUAAAUGAAUAAAAAUUUGAAUCCA